AUGGCCGAGCUGGCGGCGGCAGCGGAGGGACCGCCGCGGGGCCGCACGCCCAGUCCGGGCCCCGGGGGGGCGCCGGGGCCGCCCAGCCCCCGUGCGGCCGGAGCGGCGGCGGGCUCCGGCGGGGCGCUGUCCCCGCCCGGCGCGGCCCGACCGCCCGCCGCCUCCAAGUGGGUGCGCCUGAACGUGGGCGGCACGUACUUCGUGAGCACCCGGCAGACGCUGUGCCGGGAGCCUAAGUCCUUCCUGUGCCGCCUCUGCUGCCAGGACGGGCCCGAGCUCGGCUCCGACAAGGAUGAGACAGGGGCAUAUCUCAUCGACAGAGACCCCACAUAUUUUGGUCCAAUACUGAACUACCUCCGACACGGGAAGCUCAUCAUAAACAAGGAGCUUGCAGAAGAAGGGGUACUGGAAGAAGCCGAGUUUUACAAUAUCGCAUCUCUUGUGCGGCUGGUGAAGGAGCGGAUACGGGAUAAUGAGAACAGAACCUCUCAAGGACCUGUGAAGCAUGUGUACAGAGUCCUGCAGUGCCAAGAGGAAGAGCUCACACAGAUGGUGUCCACUAUGUCCGACGGGUGGAAAUUUGAACAGCUAAUCAGCAUUGGAUCUUCCUAUAACUACGGAAAUGAAGACCAGGCAGAAUUCCUCUGUGUUGUGUCCAGGGAGCUCAACAAUUCUACCAAUGGCAUUGUCAAGGAGCCCAGCGAGAAGGCAAAGAUUCUUCAAGAGCGAGGAUCACGGAUGUAAUUCAAGUGUCCGCUCCGUUAAAACUCCCAGAUGUCAAAAGGGCAGUCCAGCUGGGCAGAGCACCUCUCCGCAGUGCAACCUUGCCCUUGUACAGUAACCAAGCUAAUGCAAAGCAAAGCAAAGCCGAGCCUGUCCUGCCAAUGGCGAAUAAUUCUGGUCAUAACCAAAGGCUUCCCUCUUACCCUGGAAACCAAGGAAGGAAAAGACUCUUCCGGUCGGGUAGUCCUUUCCACAAGUAUUUGUUUUAUUUUCUUGGCCAGCGCUGUAUUGAAUUUUUCCAACAAUGGCUGGGCCGGAUUCCCAGUCAGAGCCUUUGCGAAGGUUGCUCAGGUCCACAGGCCCUUGUAACCAGUCCCACCUUCCACAGGCUGGCAUAGGUGGGAAGAUCUGUCUUUGAGCUGUGCAAUUUCUUGCACCCAGGUCUGCCACCAGAAGAGUGCAGGGACCUUGCAGUGCUCGCCCCUCCUGAUCAGCCAGCCCCCCAAAUCAGAAGAACAGGGCUUUAAAAGGAGGAACAAAACAACCACUCAAAAAACCCACACAAACUUUCUCCAUCCUUGCUUUGUAUUUGUUCCUUGUUCAAUUCCCCAGAGCUGAGUUUAGAUACUAAGGGGAGGGGAGUCGUGUGUACGUCUAGCACACGUCUCGCUGUUAACAGUAUUACAUAUGGGCUCCUGGCAUUUUCCAAAGCCCAUUACUUUGCAUGCAUAAACAAAGAGACCUGUGUUCACCCAGAAUAGCGAUAGAGUGAUAGUUCUGGCCUUUACGCUUCUCUACUGAAGAAGAGUGGUGACAUCUUCCCCUCCAAUACCCUGUCACGGCCAUAUCUUAGCCUGGUGCAAAGUCACAAGGUUAGGGACUUGUUGCUGCCAAGUUCAGCUUUGCCUUGUUUGUUUCCAGCAGCAUGGGCUCUUGUCUCCUUCCUUCUCACCAAGGGAGGACUUCAGGCAGAAUUUAUUUUGUACUGUAGCAAGCAGGUAGGUUUGUUUUACCCCAUGAGAUCCUUUGCGGAGGAGAUCCCCUAUUUUCAUGCAGUGAUUUAUCUGCAGCCCCCUCAUGUCCCCACCUUUAAGAGAUCACCUCAAAUUACAGAGGGCCAUCACAGAGCUGGGGUGGGGGGUUUGGUGAAAAGUUGCCAAACUGUUGUAAUGUUUCUUGUCCAAAGUGAUGUGUCAACUUCUGUGACUUUUCCUUCUUUUUUUUUUUGGAAUGCCUUGGAUGGAUGUGCAAAAUGUUCGUUUGUGCCUCUCUUGAAUUCUGAUCUUAGCCAAACUGCAGUCACUGGUUCCCCUCUGUUAAUCUGUGCCAUCCCUAACCAAGGGCAUGUCCCUCCUAGUCUGGUAAAUGGAAUUUCUUAGGAAUUUGCUGCAUGUUUUUCCCCUUUCAUCCUGGCUUUGUUCUUUGUAGCCCAAGUGUCCAGGCACUGGGGUCUUUUUGAGUUGAGUCCCAAACUGACAUUAAACGCGAAGCUUCAGAAAUGCUGGAAUUCACAGACAUUGACAAGCUCAGAGCAGAUGUGCAGCAAAGACCCUGAACGACAUCGCUGUGCUCUGCCUCUUUUCACUCCUUCUGCACGUAUUCUUGCCUGUUCUCUCCCAUCCUGCUUUGCCAACAUACCUCCUCCGGUGGAGGCUUUGCCUCAUUCUCGAGAAAGACUGGUUAAUUAUCUGUGCUAGUUUAAUCCUGGUAAUGACAGACUGUGCCAAAUGUCUUUGAAUUCACGUUGUGUCAGUUACAGGCUGUUGAAACGCAGCUGGCUUGCCAUCACGCUGAAGAACCCAGCUCCUCUUCUUCCCUCCAUCUUCCCUGUUUAUAAUGUGGUGAGAUGGUAUUGGUGUGAUUAGACCGUAUGCCUUGGCUGGGCCUAAAUAACACUGUGAUGUGUAUAGAUAUCUCUCCUCUGUCAGUAUCUUGUAGCCUCAGUCAUUAUCUGUCUGUGCUCACAGCUAAGAAAUCAAGAAGCGCAUGUGUGCAAGUUAGCAGCCUAAAAAGCCCUUUAACACUCAUCUGUCUUCUUUCCCUUCCUGAGAGGAGGGAGUUUCUGGGAACUGGUCAAGAAAUAUCAAACUAAAGGCAACAGGAACUGGUCAGACUGCGUAUCACAUCGAUGCCAGCUGAGCACCUUGCUGUUCAAACCAUGGAACUCAAAGCAACGCUAGUUGCAAAGGGAGACUUUCUGUCCAGUACAGCUCAAGCAGAUAAAAAUGAUACCUCGCUGCUUUUUUGUAUCACCAAAAAUGCCAUACUUGGUGAAGCCCACCGGAGGAUUGCCUGAUGCAAGAGUGAUGCCAUCACUCUCCCCUCUGAGCCAGAGAGCCUAAAAAUUACUGUUACCAGUUGAGUGGAACAGCUACUUAACUCACAUGCAUGAGAAAGACUAUCAAAGUUGCAUCUUGGUUUUCCCCUCCACACUGCUCUCUGCAGCAAGGCCAUGCUGGGGGUUGAAGACUGUUUGGGUUCAAUUGCAGGGUCUUCAACAGAACACGUUUAUGGUAGAAAACCAAUCAUUGGUACUGGACACUCAAGUUCUUGGGCGAUAUUUAGGACCAGGCAUGCAGUCCAUCCCGAGCAGGUACAUUCCCAGUGGAGGAUUCCUCUUUUCCUGACUGUGCUAGGUCACCUUUAUGCUGAGACCAAGGCUGGUCUCGGUGUUAUGCACCACUUGCAUCCCUUCUGUGCUCAAGACAGGGCUUUUCCUUCCAUUGCCUUUCACUCAGUCACAACUAUAUCAAAACUAGCACUGAAUUAGGAUGAAACUUGUCCCAUUCGCUCUAAAAAAAAAAAGUAGCAUGUUGUGGUGAGUAGGGUAGGUGAGCAGGGGUAGAUCUACUGGAUAUCCAAGAGUGCUUGUGCCUCUUGGGAAGGGUCACUUUAAAACAUUAAUCCUGGGAAUGGAUAGUAUGACACUUUGGGUUUUUUAAACUUUCCCAGUGGCCUAAAUUGUUCCAUUAUGGCAAGACUGGAAAUAACCUUUUAAAGUGUCUUUGUUUCUGCACAUUUUUAAAAAUCGAUUUUUCUCAGGGGUGACUGAGUGGGCUGAGGCAAAGGGGGCAUGGUUCGCUGCGGGGCGAUGGGAUGGAGCAGCUCCCCAGUCCUGCAGCUGGGCCGUGGGCUCCUCCCCUCGGGUUUGCCUGCAAACCCAGAGGUUUUGUACAAUUUGUCACGUGUCAGUGCCCUUUGCUACUGUUUCUCUUUGUUUAUUAAAUGUGUUUGAAUAACAGUUGAGAUGCUGUGAUUAAUUUUUUUUCAAUAAAGAUUCUGAAAUGGGUUUGAAAAGUU